GUGAUGUUGGGCAGCUCCGCACCCGGGCCUGCGGCCCGCGAGGCGGGCUCGGCGCUAACAUUGCAGCAGACGGCGCUCCAGGAGGACCAGGAGAACAUCAACCCCGAGAAGGCGGCGCCCGCCCAGCAGCCCCGGACCCGGGCUGGGCUGGCGGUACUGAAGGCCGGGAACUCGCGGGGUCCAGCGCCGCAGCAGAGGCCUAAGACGCGACGGGUUGCACCUCUUAAGGAUCUUCCUGUAAACGACGAGCAUGUCACUGUUCCUUCCUGGAAAGCAAACAGUAAACAGCCUGCAUUUACCAUUCAUGUGGAUGAAGCAGAAGAAGAGACGCAAAGGAGGCCAGUUGAAUCUAAAAAACCAGAAAGAGAAGAUGUCUUGGCUUUUAAUUCAGCUGUUACUUUACCAGGACCAAGAAAACCACUGGUACCUCUUGAUUAUCCAAUGGAUGGUAGUUUUGAGUCACCGCAUACUAUGGACAUCUCAAUUGUACUGGAAGAUGAAAAGCCAGUGAGUGUUAACGAAGUACCAGACUACCAUGAGGACAUUCACACGUACCUCAGGGAGAUGGAGGUUAAAUGUAAGCCUAAAGUGGGUUACAUGAAGAAACAGCCAGACAUUACUAACAGUAUGAGGGCUAUCCUCGUGGACUGGUUAGUUGAAGUAGGAGAAGAAUAUAAACUACAGAAUGAGACCCUGCAUUUGGCUGUGAACUACAUUGAUAGGUUUCUUUCAUCCAUGUCUGUGUUGAGAGGAAAACUUCAGCUUGUAGGCACUGCUGCUAUGCUGUUAGCCUCAAAGUUUGAAGAAAUAUACCCGCCAGAAGUAGCAGAGUUUGUAUACAUCACAGAUGACACUUACACCAAGAAGCAAGUUCUGAGAAUGGAGCACCUAGUUUUGAAAGUCCUUGCUUUUGACUUAGCUGCACCAACAAUAAAUCAGUUUCUUACCCAGUACUUUCUGCACCAGCAGUCAGCAAACUGCAAAGUUGAAAGUUUAGCAAUGUUUUUGGGAGAGUUAAGUUUGAUAGAUGCUGACCCAUAUCUAAAGUACUUGCCAUCCGUUAUCGCUGCAGCGGCCUUUCAUUUAGCACUCUACACAGUCACAGGACAAAGCUGGCCUGAAUCAUUAGUACAAAAGACUGGAUAUACGCUGGAAACUCUAAAGCCUUGUCUCAUGGACCUUCACCAGACCUACCUCAGAGCACCACAGCAUGCACAACAGUCAAUAAGAGAAAAGUACAAAAAUUCAAAGUAUCAUGGUGUUUCUCUCCUCAACCCACCAGAGACACUAAAUGUGUAACAGUGAAAGACUGCCUUUGUUUUCUAAGAUGUAAAUCACUCAAAGUAUAUGAUGUACAGAUCUUACCUUAGGUUUUAAUUUUACAAUCAUUUCUGAAUACAGAAGUUAUGGUCAAGUACAAAUUAUGCUAUCUAUUACUUUUUAAAUGGUUUUAAUUUGUAUAUCUUUUGUACAUGUAACUAUCUUAGGUAUUUGGCUGAUUUUAAGUCGUUUUUGUUAAAGUAUUAAUGACACCAGCUGUCAGGAUAAUAAGAAUUAAUAAAUUGAUUUGGAAAA